CCCGCUGCGCCGGCAGGGAGCCCCGAGGCGGGGCCUGCGCUUGCAGUGACCCUCCACCAGGUUCAGAGGGUCAAAAGGAGGGGGGAAAGGGCAUUGCAACGCGAGCCUGCGAUAAAAGAUGGAGCUGUCAAAAUCUGCCCAAGUCUGUGUGACACCCAAGUCUCUUAACCUCUUAAAAGAGGUUAUUUCCGUUGCAAAACCAGUGCAUUUUCUCAAUGACACUGCCGGAAAGUUUCCUUGAUCAUCGCAGACCCGAACUGACUGGAAGCACGUCCUAGGGAUCCUUCUUUCUCCCAAGCAGAAGGCUCUGCGCGUCCCGCACUCCCCUGCGAUGGGACGCGGCUCCUCCAUCCCGACGCGCCCAGGCACGGCUCCCGGGAUUUUUAUUGUUGAAGAAUGGCACGGAGAUGUGGGCGCGGAGCCUGCUGCGUGUGCCGGGCGCAGCUCCGCCUCCCCGUCCCGGCUGCGGGGGCGGCGCUGCGCUUAUCCCGGGACGGGGCCGCUCCGCCGGGUCCGGCUCGGCGCCGCCGCCGCGGGCAGGACAUGAUAGGUAGCAAAGAAUCCUGUGCUUCAGGACAGUUACCAAUGACCAGCCUCAGCUGCCUUUUCUAUGCACUGGAAGAAUGGACUGUUGUGGAGCUCCUGAAGAAAUACCUUUUUCAUCUGAUCAUUGCCUCACUGACAAUUAGUGCAAUAUUAGUUUUUUUUAUAGUUCCUUUAACAAUAGUCCUUUUCAUUUACCUUACCAAUAUUUUGCUUUUAAUAUAUCAGAGGAACAAUGAGUUAAAAGCAGAUCCCUUGAGUGAUGUUUGGAAUAGUGUAAGAAAAACUAUAGCAAGCUUUUGGGAUAUAUAUGCAAGAAUAUGGCAUGGUUAUGAGCUUCAUGGUGUGAAAAACCUCCCAGAAGGACCAGGCAUUCUUGUGUAUUACCAUGGAGCUAUUCCUAUAGACUACCUUUACUUUUUGUCCCGACUGUUUCUGUGGAAGGAAAGACUUUGCCUGUCAGUAGCUGAUCAUUUUGUGUUUCGUUUACCAGGACUUAGAUUAUUGUUGGGAGUGACGGGUGUCAUACCAGGUACGAGGGAGGAGUGUCUUGCUGCCCUGAAGAAUGGAUACUUGGUGUCCAUCUCACCAGGUGGAGUUCGAGAAGCUCUGUUCAGUGAUGAAAGUUAUCAGCUCAUGUGGGGAAAUCGAAAAGGCUUUGCUCAGGUCGCUCUAGAAGCAAAAGUGCCCAUCAUUCCAAUGUAUACGCAAAAUGUCCGUGAAGGCUAUAGGAUGUUCAAAGAAAGAAGAUUUUUUAGAAAGUUAUAUGAAAGCACUCGAUUGCCUUUUACCCCUCCAUACGGAGGACUUCCAGUUAAAUUUCGCACAUACAUUGGGAAGCCAAUCCCUUACGAUCCCAAUAUAACUGCAGAGGAAUUAGUUGAAAAGACAAAGACUGCUGUCCAGGCUCUCAUAACCAAGCACCAAACAAUCCCAGGCAACAUAUGGAAGGCUUUACUGGAGAGAUUUGAUAAACGUCGUAAAAGUGAUUAGCAUGCUCAUGUUUAUUGCAUUGGUUUUACAGCAUACAGUAAAAAACAAUGUCCUACAGCACUGGUAACUAAUAGUUGGUGUUUAAACUACAAAUUUGAACAGAUUUGGUGGAAGAAAACAAUUAACCUCUAGAAAGUUCUUCCAUGUCUUUGAGAAUAUCCUGAACUAAGAAAGACUUAUGAAGAUGACUUAUGUAUAAUUGCAAUGCAACAGCCAAAUUCCCCCAAAAGAAAUCAUGUGGCCAAGAUUUUUCUGGUUCCUAAAACAAGUUUGUACUUACAUCCGAGGGCUUUAGUGGUGUUUUCUAGAUCUGUGUGUUUGUGUUUUGAGCACAGUCUGGUCUCAGAGCAGAGCCUUAGGCUUGGUGUUGUCCCACCAGAGACCACCCCACAGGGGGCACCUUCCCUGAUGGGCCCCAAGCAAGACAUGUCAGAACAAACUGCCUUGCUUUACAUAAUCAGCUACUGCUUACACCAUUCUCCUAGAGACUACAGAAAGAGACAAGCCCAUAAAAACAGAUGAUCUCCGCCUUAAAAUACAUCAGCUUACUAGUGCGUGCCCUGGAAAGCAGGACUGUGUGCCUCCAAGACUUUUUCCCCACAGAAGAAGGUUUCUCAAAGAGAGGGAAAAAAAAGCUGUAGUUCAGUGUAGCAAAUAUUGCAAAUACAUGUAGAAGGUAGUUUCAAGUCUGAGCUGGUUCGUGCAUGCUCUAUUGCACCACACAAUAGUUGCUUAGUGGAUGAGGCUGCCCCAGCCUGAAAACCCCUGGAUAUGGUGUGCGCAGUAUGGUCGUGCUGUAUUUACUCCAAUUUACUCAAAUCUCCCAGUGACCAGCUUGGGGGAGCUUUCUCAGGCAAUGCAUCUUUGAGGCUUAUCAUCACUGGUGGUUUGCCUAAAAAUGCAGUACUGCAACACUGCCGAUACACAUUGAGCCAAAAUGCCUGUCUGGAAAGGCAGCUUAUCUUGCUAAUGCAACUUGUGGAAAACUGAGAGUUAGUACAAAACAGAAUGUGUUUAUACAGGCUGUGGGAUGUUGCUACUGGUGGGAGUGGGACAACUUUUUGUAAUCUAUCCUAUAUGCCACUAAAUGCAACCAAGUCUUAACUUCAAAGACCAAGAUAGGUAAUUUUUGUGCCUCAUUUUCCUUCAUGUACUUUUAAUAUGUAAAUAAUCUUUCCUCUCGACAUCCUAAAAGGUUACAUAGCAUCUAAGGAAAUAUAUGUAAUGUUUUCCCAUUUUUCAGUAGAAAACUAAAUCUGCUCUUUGGA